ACCUGGGACGUGAAGCCUGCCACACACACGAGUAAUGGUUGGAUCUGACUGUCAUGUCUUACAGAGGCAAAGUUGGUUAUACAGAUAUACAUAAUUUCAACCUAACUGUAAACAGGUAAAGGUUUGUUUUCAGGUUUAUAGCGAUUAUAAAAAGGUACCGGAAAUCAUAUGAACCAACAUGUCGACAUUAUUUCUACACGUUUUAGGUUUAUCUCUUAUUAUUUGUGUGACCAUUUCGUCAUCAAAGUCGUCAAAAUCAUUAGCGAAGUACAGACGAGAGAGGCGUGAUUGGAGUUUACAAGGGUUGUUUCAGAAUUUACUGGACAGUAUUGAUAAUGACAUCUCAACAACAAGCAACGUAACGAACAUCACCACGCCUGCGCAAACCCCUAGUAACAGUACAACAUCUCAAACGACGCCGCAAACUACGUCACCAUUCACUCUGUCGUCAUCAACUACAACUAAACGUAGGAGAAAUUCCACUACAACAUCGUCGUCCUCGUCGACACCUUUUUCAACAACACCAUUGACGACAACUACUGAAGACCCGCGCUGUCGAUCCGAUCAAGCUCUGGAUACUGUGUGUUCUGUACCGGAAGCAUUGGUUGGUGAAAAUUUCUGGGAUGUGUACUACAUCAUGUUUUCAGAUGACGUCAUCCGUGCACUUUUGUUUAGUUGUACGAGUGGUCACUGGUGUCUCUAUGAUAAACUGGAUUUCUGGGACGCUCUGAUGAUGGAGAGGGCGGAGAUGGUCCGCAAUUCUGAUUUAUUCAACGCUGUUUGCGAGAUUGAUUCACUAACCUGCCUUCAUAGUUUCUUAAGCAACUAUACAGAAUGCGAGACAUACAAAAGAAUGCAACUGACACUUCAAUCGAUCAACCUCCUCUGUCAACUCAAACACGAAGUUACCACAACCCCGGAGUGCAUAGAGCACGUGCUUGCCGCCCUACACGUGACCGUUGUCGACAUCUUAAGAGAUCAAAAUCAAAAAGAAUAUGAUGAUACUUUUGAGAACAACUGUAAAUCACCGGAAACACAGAUUACACGUACAUUCCUUUGCCUUGAACACAAGUGUCCGCAGAGUACCUCGGUUUUAACCAGUUUUGAGCCCUGGAAGUGGUUUAUUCCCGAUAUAUCGACAAUAUCGGAUACAAUUUCUAAGUGUGGUUAUCGGAGUGACGUAUGCGAUGACGACACAAAGUUCAGGAACUCGACCGGUACGAAGUCUUCAAGCAUUUCGUCAUCUUCCAUGAGCUCGGCAUCAACAGGAGCGUGGACUGACCCCGGACACCUGAUCGGAGUCGAACCCUUUAAUCCCGAGGAGAAUGGUGCAGCCUUAGAGAACACGCAAGAGGAGGAGGAGGAUGCCUGGGAGUAUGCCUAUGAUGCCAACAUGCUACUGGGCAUGGCAAUGACGUCAUUGAUUCUCCUCUCGGUCAUGGUAAUCGGUUUCUGCCUCUGGUGGCGAAAGCUGCAUCGUGAUCGCGUGGUAAAGGCGGGCUACACACAGCUGAGGUGUGACGAAGCCUGAGUAAUGUACAUUCCUGAACAAUCGUAAAAUGGCCAGGUUUUGGUGCCACGGAGCAUUUGGACAUCGGUGACCGGCCAGGAUACGGUCCUUUCACGGUGAUACUUACAGCAUUGUAAGUCAUACGAAACGUUUGAUAAGACAUCAAAACAUUCAUGGAACGUCAAGCGUCAUUCACGAGGUUUAUAGACUAUCAAACUCAUAUACUUUUCAAUCUUCUAGAAUAAUGUCGAUCCUAUCUAAAGUAAUGUUACGCUCAGAGUAACACAAGUCAAAUCGAUGUUUCUCCGACGUAUUCUUCUGAUUAGAUUUUAUCUUACAAUGUUGUACAAUUGUUGUCACAAAAAGUACAAUCAUCUUUCUAUCCUCCAAUCUGUAGAAAAAGAAGAAAAGGUUCGUUACACAACAAACAGACAAAGCACUACACCUGACACAAACAGAUCAGCAUGCUGUUUGUAUUUCUAGAGAAAACAAUAGCUUAACUCUGCAAUAUUAUUCUUAUCACGUGAAUAAGAAAACCUUGAAACACGGGUUGCACAUUGAAUAAACAUAAACAUGCAUUUAUAAUGAUUUUAAGAACCAUAACGACAUAGUUAACGUCUCUCAUUAUUCAAACAUGAUCACAGCAUCAUCCAAACAUAGUCCUAGCAUCUUAGAAAGUAUUGCUUUACAGAUAUACAAACAUAAGUCUCGCAAAACAAUUGUUAUAUACACAACAAACAUAAUCUUAACAUAAUAUAAUAGAUAUUAUUUAACAAUUUAACAAAUAUUCUUCUUGAAUCAUCACAUAUUAAUCAAAACAUUAUCAUCAUCACCAAAUUAAGAAAUACCGUUGCAUACAUAACCACAUCACUACCAUACACAUGUACAGUAUGUUAUAGACAAAAUACAUAUAUGGGCUUAGCAUUACAAGAGACGUAGAAAUCGUGAUUUACACAAAUCAAACAUUAUUCUAUCAUUAUUGAAAAGGUGGCACCAGAGCUAACCAAAUUAAUCCUGGCGUCUAACAUAACGCAAACAUAGAUCCAACAAUAUCAUCACAGAGAUUGAUAUAUUGACAAAAACACACAUACAUAAACCUAGCAUAAUCACAGAGAUUGAACUAUUGACAUAACACACACAUUUGCCUGGCGUCAUCAUAGAUAUGGUUUUAUUGACAAAAACAUACAUAAAGCUAACGUCAUAACAUAUAUUGCUUGAUUGAAAAGGUGGCAUCAGAGACACAAUUUAAACAAUCUUGGCAUCAGCAUAGAUAGAACGUCAAACAUAAAGCAAACAUAGAUCCAACGACACGAAAGAUACUAUUUUACAGAUAAAAUAAAUAGGAUCGUUAGCUCAUUAUAGACAUUGCAUCACCAUAGAAUAUUUCUUCAUAGAACAAUACAAAAUCCGAACAUAAAGAUUAAGAUUGUUUUACAUAUAAUACAAACAUAAUCCUUACAUCGGAAAAUUUGCUUUGCCAAAGGAAAACAAAGCAAAACACUGUCACCAUCAUCGAAAAUAUUGUUAGAUAGGAGAAAAAGUAUCGUAACAUCAUUUAAGAUAUUAUUUUAAUGAUAAAAGACAAAACCCAGCAGUAUCCCAAAUUUUGGUUAAAAGCCAACAUCAGCACGCCUCUGUCUCUAUAAUAUAGAUUCACCACGGCAUUAUUUUGAAAUGGUUUCGUCGAGAAACCACACAGCAUCCUAGCAUCAUAACAUAGACUGCAGUCCUUUUUCAAAAAUAGCAUUACAUCCUAGCAUCAUAACAUAGACUGCAGUCCUUUUUCAAAAAUAGCAUUACAUCCUAGCAUCAAUGAAAAUUGUUGUUCACUUUAUUCUCCAAACAAUGCAUCAGAGCCAUAUACAUUAACCAAAAAACAUCGCAAACACACCUCAAAAGUAGAACUAACGCAACCUUCAUAUCGACACAUUCCGGAAAGCCAACAUGAACUUAAAAUGGUCAGCGAUAUUACUUAAGUACAUCAAGUCAUCCUAGGGAUUGCUUGAAAAUCAAAACAUAAUACAUCACAGAAUCAAAUCUAAUUCAAGCUUUAUUACUAAAAUAUAUUUGUAGACAACACAGAAAUAAUCUAAGUUUCAUCACAGAUGAUUAUACACAGAUCAAGCAAUACCUCGUAUCACCAAGAAUGCUUUAAAAAGAACAACAAAAAUUAUCAGUUUUAGUAAAAACAUUUAGUGAAACAAAACUUACAUCCUCGCAUCUUUGCAAACAUUGAUUUACAGUGAAAACUGACCCUAACAACAACCUUUCUACAAUCAAAAAGGGAAAACAAUCAUUCUCAAAACACCACAGAGAUAUUUCUAUGUACAGAAAACCCCAUAAGCCUAGCGUCAUCGCAGGGAUUGUUAAAUUGACAAAAACGAACAUAAACCUAGCAUCAUCACAGAUAUUGCUUUAUUGACGAAACAAACAUAAACAUUGUGUCAUUACAUAGAUUGCUCUACCGACAAUACACAUAUAGACCUAGCGUCGUCACAGAGAUUGCUUUAUUCACAAAAUACAUAUAGACCUUGCGUCGUCACAGGUAUUGCUUUAUUGACAAAACACACAUAAACCUGGCGUCAUCACAGACGUUGCUUUAUUGACAAAAACAAGCAUAAACCUUGCGUCAUCACAUAUAUUGCUUUAUUGACAAAACACACAUAAACCUGGCGUCAUCACAGACGUUGCUUUAUUGACAAAAACAGGCAUAAACCUUGCGUCAUCACAUAUAUUUCUUUAUUGACAAAACACACAUAAACCUGGUGUCAUCACAGACGUUGCUUUAUUGACAAAAACAAGCAUAAACCUUGCGUCAUCACAUAUAUUGCUUUAUUGACAAAACACACAUAAACC